AGGGACUCCCAAACCAAACUGGUUGACUCCACUUGCAAGAGAGGAGGGAGUGGUUUAAGUCCUCUAGUUCCGAGUUGCAAAUUGGGCAGAAGAUAUGAACUUCACGAAUGCCGAGCUCCUGAAGGCCCGCGAGAGGAGAAUGACUCGCUUUUCCCCAAAGUUCAACGCUGAGGGCGACGUGAAAAAGCGGGGCGGUGCCGAGAACCAAGCUGAGGGCGCCAAAGCCCCCAAGAGAAGAAAAUUGGCCAAAGUCUCCUCCGUCGCCGGCCCUUCCAACCCCGGCGCUCAGCCCAACACUGCCGCUACGCCCAAAGGCAAAAAUGUCACUGAAGCCUCCGCCGCCGCAACUACCGAGACAACCACCGUCCCGAUCCCCAAAUCUGCUACCGCGGACGUGGCCUCCGCAGCCGCCGCCAAGUCCACUACUGUAGGUGCUACAGCCGCCUCCACCGGUACUGCAACUACCUCUGCUGAUCAGCCACCAACCGCUGACACAAACGCCAACAUCUCUCAACCCUCAGCUGUUGAGAAACCCGCCACCGUUAAUGCCACAACGGCUGCCGCGUCGUCUGAUGCUCCUACCGGGAAGAAAGGAAAAGAAAAUGAAACCCCCCAGUCUCCUCCCCGCCAGGAUGCGCCUCCUAGCCCGCCCCCAACAGAUGAUGGGCGCUCCGCGUCUUCUCCACCUCGCCGCGAAGAGGGACCUUCUCCUGAUGCAGCCGCUACCUCUGAAGCGACCCAGAUCGAACAAGCUCCUGGUAAAGAGGGCGGUUCCUCUAGCUACUACAACAUGCUUCCCAACGCCAUUGAAACUUCAGAAUUCUUGCUUACCGGCCUCAACCGUGAAGUCAUAGAGAAAGAAGUUUUGAGCCGGGGUAUUGAUGAAGCCAAGGAGGAAACCCUUGCUUGUCUUCUACGUGCUGGGUGUAUUUUUGCCCAUGCGUUUGAGAAGUUCAACGCCGCCACCGUUGAAGCUGAGCGGUUGAAGGCCGAGAGUGCUAAGCAUCAAGAAGCCGCCUCUGCUUGGGAAAAGCGCUUCGACAAAUUGGCGACGCAGGCAGGAAAAGACAAAGCCCAUGCCGACAAGUUGAUUGGCACGGCGGGGAUUAAAAUCGGCGAACUGGAGGAUCAGCUGGCGCUGAUGAAGGAAGAAGCGGAUGAUCUUGAUGCAAGUCUUCAAGCUUGCAAAAAGGAAAAAGAGCAAGCUGAGAAGGACCUGAUCGCCAGGGGCGAGGCGCUGGUUGCUAAGGAGUCAGAGCUCGGCACAUUGCGCGCUGAGCUGGAGUUAGUGAAGAAGGCGCUGGCGGAGCAAGAGAAAAAGUCUGCUGAGUCCUUGGCCUUGGCGAAGUCUGACAUGGAGGCGGUGAUGCAGGCCACGUCCGAGGAGAUCAAGAAAGCGACCGAAGCUCAUGCUGAGGCCCUCGCCACGAAAGAUGCUGAGAUUGCUUCCCAACUGGCAAAGAUCAAAGGGCUAGAGGACGAGCUGGCGACGGAGAAAACCAAAGCCACCGAGGCGAGGGAACAAGCCGCUGACAUUGCUCUUGACAAUCGCAAGCGCGGCUUCUACCUUGCCAAAGAUCAGGCCCAACAUUUGUACCCGAACUUUGAUUUUAGCGCUAUGGGAGUAAUGAAAGAGAUAACCGCUGAAGGACUGGUUGGUCCUGACGAUCCUCCCCUGAUUGACCAACACCUCUGGAUGGCGACUGAAGAAGAAGAAGAAGAAGAAGAAGAAGAAGAAAUAGGAGAAAAAGAAAGAAACAAUGAAUAAUGUAGUUUUAAUGUCACUUAGCCUUGUCUGCCCUCUUGUAAUGCACUUUUCCGUCAUUCAUAUAUAUAAGCAACCUUUCGCCAUAGCUUUCAUAUCGCCGUCGGAUAUUUUGCAAAUCAUGUUGGAAUGCUUCCGCCUUACAUUUUUUGGUCGCCGCAUUCUUAUUGCUUAAAAAAUUUACGAAUGAAUUUCAUAGCUUAACGCCCCAACACGCCGGAGUAAUAAAAUACUCAACAUCCUGAGUGUCCAAGCACUCGCCUUCCACCUUAUUCAUUCGCCGACCUUAUAUCUUGCGCUAUUUUUCACGCGUCAUAUGAUUGAAUUACGCCUAACGACUUCGUGCAUUAAUUUUAACUAGGACUUUUUGCUUGGUAUUUCCCCGCCAAGACUUUAGACGUUUUCCUCAAAGGAAUAAACGGCCUCCAUUCUCGAGGGCUUCGCCCGGGGCUUUGCCCGCUCGGGGCUUACAAUGCUUGGGUCCCAAUGGCCAUUUGGGGGUCCCAAGUCUUUUGCCUAGUUUACGGUGCUCGUCGUAUUCUGGCGAGACUUACCCAGCACGUCGUUUACGGGACCGGCGAUCACGUCAGACUUUCCGGGGGGCGAUUCCCAGGCGUCAAAGGCCAUUUGUGGAAUCGCCACCACCUUUAGGGUUCCAGCAAGCCCUUUUGGGGAUCAAGCUUGUCCCACCUAGUGAUCGCCGUAAUUCUUUGUGUCGAUCGGCAAUUCCGACCGUCAGGGAAUCCCUGGGAUUUUUAGACGCGAAUUUCAUGAAUUUUCGUUUUAUUGAUGAUGCGUCUCAUUAAAAAACUCCUUUCGGAGAAAAAGAGUACGCUUUUGCUAUAAUGGAGAGUUCCGAGGUACAUUGAAAACAUUUAUCUUUGGCGAAUACAUUGUGCUCACAAUCAACUGUAAUAAUAACGCAGGCUCAAACCGUUGAACGACCUGGGUAGUCGCCUUCCAUCAAGCUCCUCCAAGUGGUAGGCCCCUGUACCAAGAACUUUGAUAAUGCGGUAAGGCCCUUCCCAGUUCGGAGUCAACUUGUUUCCCGGGGCUCCUGAUCGCCACUUUAGGACCAGAUCGCCAACCUGCAUAUCUCGAACGCGAACCCUGCUAUUGUACUUGGCGGCCACGCGCUGCUUCAUCGCCGUUUCUCGAAUGUGCGCCUCGUCACGUGUUUCAGACAGGAGAUCCAACUCCACCGCCAUAUUGGUUUGAUUCUCCCCUUCAAAAUCUGGCUGGGUUCGCCAUGUGAAAUUGUCAAUUUCCACCGGCAACAUGGCAUCUACCCCAUAAGUCAUUCUAAAGGAGGUUUCUCUUGUAGUAGAUUGCACAGUGGUGUUGUACGACCAUAAUACCACCGGGAGUUCAUCCAGCCAGGCUCCCUUAGCCUCCUCAAGCCGUCGCCUUAGUCCGCGCAGAAUUACCCUGUUCGCAGAUUCUACUUGCCCGUUCGUUUGCGGAUGCUCCACAGAGGCGAAUCUCAUCUGUAUACCCAUUUCCUUGCAAAAUUCCCUUGUUUGGUUGCUUGAAAACUGGGUCUCAUUGUCAGAUACGAUCGCCCUUGGGAUCCCGAACCUACAAACGAUACGUCUCCAAUAAAAGUUGACUAUCUUUGCAGAGGUUAUUUUGGCCAGAGGUUCGGCUUCAAUCCAUUUAGUGAAGUAGUCCACCGCUACCAAUAUAAACUUCAUUUGCGACCUGACGGUCGGAAAAGGUCCUACCAAAUCCACGCCCCACAUGGCGAAAGGCCAAGGGGCGCUCAUCGUUACCAGCUCUUUUGGCGGUGCCUUGGACAAAUCAGCAAACACUUGACAUUUUUUGCAUCGCUUCACAAAGUGCAUACAGUCCUUCCUGAGGGUGGGCCAAUAGAAACCAGCCCUUAACACCUUGCAAGCCAAAGAUCUCCCACCAAUGUGGCUUGCACACACUCCCUCAUGCACCUCAGACAUUAUUCCCUCGUAUUUUUCCGGCGGUACACACUUUAGCAAUGGCGCCGAAAAACCACGGUGAUACAAGUGUCCGUCAAUGAGAGUGUAGUGGCUCGCCUCUCGCAGUUGUUCCUUCGUGCAUUGCUCCACUUCCGCU